AUGUCUACUUGUAUUCAGUCUCUGUGCAUGGCUCUUCUUGUUGUGAGCAUUGCGAUUGAGAUGAGUGAAGCAGGUUAUUAUGGAGAGGGUGAUGAUGAUAGCUUCUGUAACAAUGGUGGUUGGCGUGGCUGUAAAAGCUUUUUCAGAGGCGGAGGGGGNGGGGGUGGAGGUGGAGGUGGGAAUGCAAAUGGGGGUAGUGGUUCAGGACAUGGCGAAGGUUUUGGAGGUGGGGUCGGUGUAGACGGCGGCGGCGGCGGUGGCGGUGGCGGCGGCGGCGGUGGAGGUGGCAGCAAUGUGGAUGGUUCGGGUUCGGGGUAUGGGAGUGGUAGAGGAUUUGGUGCGGGCGGAGGUUUUGGAGGACGCGGCGGUGGCGGUGGAGGAGGAGGCGGUGGUGGUGGUGGGGCCGGGUUUGGUCAUGGGAGUGGCUUUGGUGCGGGUUUUGGUAUGGGAGAAAGUGGGGGUGGUGGGGGAGGAGGAGGAGGUGGUGGAGGUGGAGGUUUUGGUUCAAAUGGUGGUUAUGGUCAUGGAAGUGGUUUUGGAAUGGGUGGUGGUUUUGGUGGGAGUGGUGGAGGUGGGGGUGGAGGUGAAGGGGGAGGAGGAGGAGGAGAAGGUGGGUCCACCGGAGGUUCUGGGCAUGGCAGUGGUUAUGGCGCAGGCGUUGGAGCCGGAACCUCCGGUGGAGGAGGAGGUGGAGGUGGUAGUGGUGGUGGUGGCAACAAUGAUAAUGGUUACGGUGAAGGUUAUGGGCAUGGUGAAGGCAGUGGUUUCGGUGGAAGUAUAGACAAUACAAACGGCAAUGGCAAAAAUGGCGGCGGCGUAGGCAUGGGCUUUGGUAUGGGUAUGGGAUUUGGUUUCGGCAUCGGCGCAGGCGCGGGUGGCGAAGCUGAAAACAGUGCAAAACCCUAA